UUAGAGGAUCAGAUAACACCAAGAAAUAUUCGAAUCAGAUGAAACAAUAACUUCAAAAAUUAGUGGAGAUGAGAUGACCAAUAUGGUUGAGAAUAUGAUGGUUAGUUUAAUACCCUCACCCCCACAUGAUUUGGUUCAACUUUUCUCACGGGAUUAUGCUGACUGACUCCUUCCAUCUCCCAUCUCUAAGCAAUUGCCCCAUUUAAUAUUCUAAUAGUGUUCCUUCUCACUCCACUCCACUCCACUCCACUCCCUAUUUUAGCAAGCAAAACCGUUGGAUGAUGUGAUCAACUCAUUACUUAGUCAGCCUUCUUCAUUACCAUUCUCAUCAUUUUUAUUUUUUUUUACCGUUAUUUUCAAGCUACUCUUCUUGAGCUCCCCCACGGCCCCACUUGUCUUCCUGUUAAAGUCACUCCCUCUCUACUCAAACUCAUUCUCUGUCUUCUAAUCCCUUUUGGUAUUCUAACCAAUACCAACCUAUUACUCCUUAUAUAAUUACUUGAUCAAAUACAGGUAGAAGAUAACCAAAAUCAACAAUUAUGUCAUCUAAAUCCCCUGUUUUCUCCAUGCUUGAACCUAACCAUUUCAGCGAUUACGGCUUCGACCCUCAGAUCGAUUAUUUUCAGGUGUUGGAGGAGGCAAGGAAGCAUAAGAGGGAAGCAACAACAAGAUCAAUAGACACCCUCCAUUUCAAGCUCCAAAAACCAAUCUCAAAAGACGACGCAAAAAAGUGUUCAAAGAAAAAGAGGCGUCAAUGGUGGUGGAAGAACGCAGUGCUCUUCUUCAAAACUAAAUGGGCUGCCCAACAUCAAAGACCAAGCCCACUUGACUACCACAACCAGCAGCAGCCUUACAAAGGUGGGUCCAUCUCCGGCCCAAUUUACUUCACCGAUAGCUUAAAUGGGUCGGAGCCCACUUCUCCUUGUCGGACCACUACCCGGCCAACUUCCGGCCCAAUUGCCGGAACACUGACACCGACAAGAAAAGGUGAUUUGGAGAUCCCGUAUAUUAGUCUCAAGGAUCUUAAUAUGGAACCGUCGCACGUGAUCCCUGCUACUCCCAUGCCUAUUUAUUUAGUUACCUAAUUUAAUAUGCCCUUUUUGAUGAUGAGACUAUGAGAGUAACAGUUUUUUCCCUUUUUUUUUUUUUUUUUUUUUUUUUUUUUAAGUAUUUUUAGAAAAAAAAAAUAAAAUGAUUUAUUGAGAUUGGGAUUUUAGUAAGGGAGACAAAUCUUGGGUUUUAUUGGGAUUAUUUAGGUUAAUGAGAUGGUUAACUUAUUAAUUUAUUUUAUAUCAAAAAAAAAAAAAAAUAGAACUUUUUAAUUUUUUUUUCUAUUUUUUUAUAUUUUUUGCACAAAAGAUGUUCUUUGUGCAAAGGCUUCUUUUAGAUGAGUGAUUUUUAUUUAUUAAUAUAAUUUAAUUAUGAUGGUGUUGGACCGCUCGGUUAAGCUUUUACUUUGACUGAGGUGUGUUUUUGUCCAAAAUGUUGACCUGCAUCAGUAAUGAAAGCAUGCAGCGGGAAACACGACGUCGUUCCUUUUUUCACUCUUUUUGUUGGAAACGGCCGUUAGCUUUACCUUUACCUUUACCUUUUAGCUACUUAUUUUAUCUAUUACGGAGCAUUAUUAAGUAAUGUUAUGGUCCUACACUCCACAAAGACUUGCAUGGACCUGGUCCACAAUAAUGUUAUUGUGAACCCGAUAUUUAUACACACGCAACUAACAUUAUGUUGAACAUAGUGACCCUUAGUCUUGACAUAGUAACCUUAAUAUAACGUUUAAUAUUAUUGUGAACUUAAAGCACAACGUUAUGACCCUAAUGUUAACAUAUUGACCUUUAUUAUUCAUAUUAACCAGUAUAUAAAAUAUUU